UGAUAUAAAUAGGAUAAAAUAAGCCUUCCGUGGCUUUGGAUUCUUCUACCAGUUCGUGCCUGCCAGCUUUACUUGAGACCGUGGGGACUUUAAAGUAUAAAAUCUGUGAAUAGAAAAAGAGGAAGAGGAGGAAACACAGAGAGAAAAAGGGCUAAUCAGGCUGCUUGCUCUGAGGGGAGAAGGGCGAGAGAGAUAGAGAUGUGGGACAAAUGGAGAAUGUUGGUUCUAAUUUGCGUCUUGAGGUGGGGACCAAGUUUCAUCAAUGGUGCCACAGAUCCACAAGAUGCUUCUGCUCUUAGGGUCAUGUUCAGCAGUCUUAAUUCACCACCUCAGCUUGCCAAAUGGAGCUCAAAUGGUGGUGAUCCAUGUGGGGAGUCAUGGCAAGGCAUUACAUGCAAAGGCUCAAGAGUCACAGAAAUAGAAUUAUCAGGUCUUCGACUUACUGGGUCAAUGGGCUACCAGCUCACAAGUUUGACAUCAGUAGUCAACCUAGACAUAAGCAACAACAAUCUUGGAAACCAGAUACCUUAUCAACUCCCUCCAAACCUGCAACGAUUAAAUCUUGCUGGUAAUGGCUUCAAUGGCGGCAUUCCUUAUUCUAUUUCUCUGAUGAUUUCUCUUAAAUACCUAAACAUCAGUCACAAUCAACUUCAGGGUCAACUGGGUGACAUGUUCAGUCAGCUGUCGUCCCUCACCACAUUGGAUUUCUCUUUGAAUUCCCUGACGGGUGACCUCCCAGAAAGUUUUAGCUCCCUCUCAAGCAUAACGACAAUGUUUUUGCAAAACAACCAAUUUACUGGUAGUAUUAAUGUCCUUGCCAGUCUUCCUCUUGAAACAUUGAAUGUCGCCAAUAACCAUUUUACUGGCUGGAUUCCUGAAUCAUUGAAGAACAUUAAUCUGCAGAAGGAUGGUAACUCAUGGAGCUCAGGGCCUGCACCCCCACCUCCACCAGGUACCCCUCCAGUCAGCAGAACCCCCCCAAAACACAAAUCUGGUGGUAAUGAUGGCCCAUCUGGUGGUGGUGGUGGCAGUGGUGGCAAAUCGGGAAUAGGCGGUGGUGGAAUAGCAGGAAUAGUGAUAUCCAUCCUUGUUAUUGGGGCGAUAAUAACAUUCUUUUUAGUGAAGAGAAGAUCUAGAAGGCCAUCUAUGGAUGUAGAAAAGCAUGAUGAUCAGCCUUUUGCUCCUCUUGCUUCAAAAGAAGUACAAGAAAUGAAGUCUAUCCAGGCAUCAUCCACAAUAAACACAAAGACCUAUGAACCUUCAGCCUCAAUUAAUCUUAGACCUCCACCCAUUGAUCGUCACAAAUCAUUUGAUGAAGAGGAUCUUCCGAAGAAGCCCAUUAUUACCAAGAAGGCUAAUACUGCUCCUAUAAAUGCAAUAUCAUAUUCAAUUGCAGACCUACAGAUGGCUACAGGUAGCUUUAGUGUCGAAAACCUUAUUGGUGAGGGGUCUUUUGGACGUGUUUAUCAGGCUCAAUUUGAUGAUGGAAAGGUUGUUGCUGUCAAGAAAAUAGAUUCAUCUGCUCUCCCCGAUCAAUUUUCUGAAGAUUUCACAGAGAUAGUAUCUAAUAUCUCCCAGUUGCAUCACCCAAAUGUAACAGAGCUGGUGGGUUAUUGUUCAGAGCACGGACAGCACCUCCUAGUUUACGAGUUCCAUAAAAAUGGAUCGCUGCAUGAUUUCCUGCAUCUUUCAGAUGAAUACAGCAAGCCUUUGACAUGGAACACCCGCGUCAAGAUUGCUUUAGGGACUGCCCGUGCAUUAGAGUACCUACACGAAGUUUGCUCACCAUCAAUUGUUCAUAAAAAUUUCAAAUCAGCUAACAUAUUACUAGACACAGAGCUCAAUCCACACCUUACAGACUGUGGGCUAGCAAGCUUCAUCCCAAAUGCUGAUCAGGUACUGAACCAUAAUGCAGGGUCUGGAUACAGUGCACCUGAGGUUGCCAUGUCAGGUCAAUAUACUCUGAAGAGUGAUGUUUACAGUUUUGGUGUAGUCAUGCUGGAGCUUCUUUCUGGACGUAAACCAUUUGAUAGCUCCAGGUCCAGAUCUGAGCAAUCUUUGGUUCGAUGGGCUACUCCUCAGCUUCAUGACAUCGAUGCUCUGGCUAAAAUGGUUGAUCCGGCACUCAAAGGGCUCUACCCAGUCAAGUCUCUCUCCAGGUUCGCUGAUGUGAUUGCUCUGUGUGUCCAGCCUGAGCCAGAGUUCCGGCCACCAAUGUCAGAAGUGGUGCAAGCACUGGUGCGGCUAGUCCAGCGGGCAAACAUGAGCAAGAGAACCAUUAGUAACGAACAAGGUGCAUCUCCGAGAGGUGACAACCCAGAUACACAAGACCACACAUCUUGAAAACCCAUUAUUGGUUUCUUGUUUUGAUGAUUGAAAAAUGAACAAAUUAACCUUAAUUUUCUUGUGUGUUGAGUGUAAACCUUAAAUUGAGAUUGGAUGGCAUAACUUUUUAAGUUUGACGUUGCAAUGUAAACCUUGGAAAAAGGUGUUAAUAGUGUAUAUGCUCGUUCUUUCGUUUCCUUGUUUUAAA